UUUGUGUUGGAGUUGUUUAGUCGUUUGUUGUGUUUUGAUAUUAUUAUCGUGUGUUUUUUCUAAUUUAUUAUUAAUUAAUAAAUCAUUUUAAAAUGGCCUGCUGGGAAGGAAAGAAAUACAAAUUGGACAAAUCCGAGAACUUCGAUGAUUACAUGAAAGCCUUAGGUGUCAGUCUAGUCACCCGUAAAUUGGGCAACCAAGUGAGCCCAGUGGUAGAGCUGACUAAGAAUGGAGAUACCUAUACCUUGUCAUCCACUAGCACCUUCAAAAAUUCCAUCAUCACAUUCAAACUUGGUGAAGAAUUUGAUGAAGAGACUCCUGAUGGCCGCAAGGUAAAAUCGGUAGUCACCUUGGAUGGUGAUAAACUGACUCAUGAACAAAAGGGAGAUAAGCCCACCAAAAUAGUCCGUGAGUUUGGACCAACUGAAAUGAAAGCAGUUAUGACUGUUGAUGAUGUGGUCUGCACGAGAACUUACAAAGCAUUGUAAUUUCAACACUACGGUUUUCUAUUUUUGUCCUUAAGUUAUAUGCAUACUCGUAUGGAAUCUGUAUAUAAUACAGAACUAAUUUGACUAAUUAUGGUCAUUGAUAGUGAUUGCUGCAUUUGUUUCAUACUUGUUAAAGUACUGAUUUAAACUUUUUUUGUAUUUAUCGAAAGAUGAAAUAUAAACAUUAAAAAAU